UUUUAGCUGGCUAGCUUAUAAGGGAGAGAAGCUCCCUGCUUCUAGUUUGCUCCCUCUCUCUUCAUCCUUCAGUCUCUCUCUCCCACUCUCUCACUCGCUUUCUCAUUCUUCUAGUCUUGAAUUCUCUCACUGUGUGUGUGUCUCUCUCUCCCUCUCCCAUUCUUUUUUUUCUUCUCUCUCUCCCUCUCACGCUCUCUCUCUUCUUCCUCUCUGUCUUAAGCAGAAGAUUUUCCUGGGUUUCUUCAGAGUCGCUGCUUUUUUUUUUCUGGUCUUUCCACAUGUGCAUGUGAUUGAAGGGGGAGGGGAACAGCUAGGACUGUCUGUAAUUUCGGGAGCACGGGGACACCCCAGGGAGGGGAUGAAGCAGGGUCCGAGAUGAGUGUACCACUGCUUAAGAUUGGAGCUGUCCUCAGUACCAUGGCCAUGGUGACGAAUUGGAUGUCACAGACCCUGCCUUCGUUGGUGGGACUUAAUGGCACUACGAUCUCCAGAGCUGGGACCAGCGAAAAAAUUACACUUUUUCCAAGUCCUGAGGAUGGCUGGCAGAUCUAUAGUUCGGCACAAGCCCCUGAUGGCAAGUGUAUAUGUACAGUGGUGGCCCCUGCACGAAGCACAUGUACUCGUGACCCCAGGAGCAAGCAGCUGCGGCAACUCAUGGAAAAGGUCCAGAACAUUUCACAAUCUAUGGAAGUCCUAGACCUGAGAACUUACAGGGACCUGCAAUAUGUACGGAAUACAGAAUCUCUCAUGAAGGUGCUAGAUGCAAAAUUAAAGCAAGCAACAGCUAGCCAGAAGAAUCUUAAUACAAAAACUUUUCAGGACCUGAAAGAGAAGAUGGAUGAGUUGUUACCACUUAUUCCAGUCCUGGACCAGUACAAAUCAGAUGUAGGCAUGAUAAUUCAAUUGAAGGAGGAAGUGCGGAACCUCUCUGGAGUAUUGCUGGCAAUUCAGGAGGAGAUGGGAGCCUACGAUUAUGAAGAACUUCAGCACAGGGUUCUUGUCCUGGAACAAAAGCUUCAUUCCUGCAUGCAAAAACUUGGUUGUGGACAGCUAACAGGAGUUAGUAACCCUAUCACUGUACGGGCAUCUGGCUCCCGAUUUGGAUCCUGGAUGACUGAUACCUUGGCUCCAAGUACAGACAACAGAGUUUGGUACAUGGAUGGCUACUGCAAAGUCAAGCGAGUAUUAGAAUAUCGCUCUCUGAAUGACUUCAUCAAGGGGCAGAAUUUCGUUCAACACUUCCUUCCCCACCCCUGGGCAGGAACAGGUCAUGUUGUAUAUAAUGGUUCCCUCUAUUACAACAAAUAUCAGAGCAACAUCAUUGUUAAAUAUCACUUUCGCUCUCGCAGUGUUCUCGUACAGCGGAAUCUCAAUAAUGCUGGAUACAACAACACCUUUCCCUAUUCCUGGGGUGGCUUCUCUGAUAUUGACUUCAUGGUUGAUGAAAAUGGCCUCUGGGCAGUGUACACUACCAAUCAGAAUGCUGGAAACAUAGUGAUCAGCAAGAUAGACCCACAGACUUUAGAAAUCAUACAGAGUUGGGACACAGGCUACCCAAAGAGGAGUGCUGGGGAGUCCUUCAUGAUUUGCGGUACACUAUAUGUGACAAACUCGCACCUGGCUGGAGCCAAGAUCUAUUUUGCCUAUAACACGAACACAUCCACCUAUGAGUACACUGACAUCCCAUUCCAUAAUCAGUAUUCACAUAUAUCAAUGCUGGACUACAACCCGCGAGAACGGGUUCUCUACACCUGGAACAACGGACAUCAAGUACUCUAUAAUGUCACUCUUUUUCAUGUUAUAAAGACUUCUGGAGAAUUGUAAAUAUGUUUAAAGAACAUUUCUCUUUUUUACAUUUCAAUAUUAUCAUUAUUUAUAUAAGAAACAAAAAGAGACUAUUUCUGUGGUGAGUGCGCAUGGUUCAUUUUUGUGGCAAUAAAAAGUAACUUUCA